AUGGAUAUACCUCAUGCUCAAACGAAAACCCAUAUCCGAGGGUUCCGAAACUAUCUUUGUCUUAACUUUUGGGGCAAUGACACAGGGGAAGGUCCAUGUUCAUCUGAACACAGCGCGACAUUGGAAGAGUUCCUUAGGAGCAAAAGAAAGUCAAAGAAAAAAAAAGUUCAACGACGCAGCAGCAAAUCGAUUGCAAAACUGAGCAGCUUCUUCGAGCAUAGUCGCCAUCUUGUUGUUGGAUCGAAAAUAGUAGGGCACAUAUUCGAAGAUGAAAAUUCGCCACCUUCCUGGCAGUCCAGUGACAGGCUGUAUAUCAUUCCUGAGUGUCGCUGGGCCCUGGGUCUUCGGCGUAGUGGACGUGGAUAUCGGUACAUGUACAGGGUGUUUAUUUCUGAUCUGUCAUGGCAACAACGCAAGCACAUGUUUGAUGACAAAGGUAUCUACGAGGACAUAGUGCUUGUAUGA